UCUACUAAAGAGACAGCAAGCUGGUUGAAAGGACACCUUUAAUUCACAAUCUUCCCUUUAUUUGCAGCCAUGAAUUUCUUUAAGGAGAUCCUGCCUUUUGCGACACAAAUUGUCUCCAACUCUUACGACAUAAGAACAUUUCUCGAUCAGCUUCUUGAAACCCAGAUCAUAUCCCUGGAAUAUUAUGCUAGUUUGCUAAGUGAAAAUGACACAGAUGAUCUUGCCCGGAAAAUUGCUUUGAUAGCUGUAGAAAAACCUGAAAUCCGCCAUAAAUUCAGAUUACUUCUCUGCGGACCUGAGAUUGAAGACUUUGCACCAGAGCCAGCUGCAGUUAGUAUGGAUUCUUGGCAGGAGGACCUACCAUUACCCAGAAAGACUGUCUCCAACUCGUUCUCUAAUGACAGAAUUGAAUUUCCUAAUAAUUCUGUAGAAACACAGCCCACGCCACUGGAAUAUUUCAUUAAUUCACUCAGUGAAAACAAUAUGGAUGAUCUUGCAUUGGAUAUUUCUUUAGAAUUUCCAGAAAAACAUGAAAUCCUCCAUACAUGUUUGCCAUUUAUGGAUGAAGUAGAAGAAGAAAAUAUUUCCACUGCUAUACCUUCAUUUAGGGAAAAUAUGUCAACGAUGGAUCUGGGCACUAUAGACAUGAGUGCACUGAACUGGAAUUUAGAGCCAGAAUUGGACUCGGAAGCACUGCCAUCGGAUUUAUCAGAUAUUGAAAGGUUGUUGCUUGAUGGCCCUUUGGAUUUUGAACUUGAAGAUAACGGCAACAAUUUUAUUGAUAAUGACGAAGAAUAUGAUAAAAUUGCAAGAAUAUGCAAUUAUAUCUUUGGUGAAGAUCAUCAGAUGGAAAGUUUAUUGGAAGGAGAUGUGUCUUCUGGGAAUCAUGCCGAAGCCUCCACCAAUGAAAGUGACUAUACAUCAAAGGAAUCAAAAAGAAAAAGAAAAGCCAGGCCAGUGAUGACAAAGCGAAAAAGGAUUAAACGAGCAACACCAACAGUCCCUCAGUGUAUGGAGGCAACAGAAGUGCAGCAUAGCCCAGUAUCAAAAACUUUCAGUCCACCGGGAGGAUCAGUUUUGUCUUCAGUACCUAUAAUCCAGGUUGGAAACUGUGUGAAUGUGGAACCUGGUACUAUUCUUGGUAAUUUCUUACCUGGAUUCACAUCCCAGCACAUCAUCAGUUUGCCUCCUGGAGCAAACAUCAUUUUCUACACAGCACCUUCAGCAGUGUCCCCGCCAUUGCAAACUCAACCUGUACCUCCAGUUUCAACAGUUACUAUGUCAGAAAUCCCAACAGUUCCUACAAGCAUCCCUUGUUCCCCCGACAAGAACUGUUCCUUUAGUCCAUUUACUCCUGCAGCAACUGAUUUACCAAAUUCCCCUGAAGCAACAGCCAUGAGUCAGUACCCUCUGAAAGAAAAUGAAACUCUUACCCCGCAGUCAUUAGCACCUAUGGAGAAUUCUUAUGCAGAGAAAGAAAAAAAUAAAUAUGUGGACUUGUUUAAAGCUGCGUUGACAGAGAAGUACAAGAACUACUUGGCCUUGGAUAAAGAUUUACUGUACACUGACAUUGCACUUGUAAAAAGCAAGAUUGACUCCAAGGUUGGGAAAGUUACUUGUAAAACAGGGGAGAAGGAACUUGUGAUUUAUGAUUUAGAUGAGCGGGAAAAAGAAGCAAUGGACCCUUUCAGUCUUUUUGCAGAUAAAGAAAGGAAAGAAAUGGAGACAAGAAUAAUUGCACUGCUGGGACAAUCAGGAAUGGGGAAAAGUGUCCUUGUUAAAAAAAUUUGCCAAGACUGGUCCAAUGGGAAAUAUUCACAGUUCAGUCUGGUGAUCUUCUUUGAAUGGAGUGUACUUGCUUCUUGUAAAAAGCAAUGCAGCUUGAAAGACUUGCUUUUUGAAUUGUCUUCCUGCCCGCAAGAAAGGAAUGUUGAAAUCUACCAGUAUAUACUGAGAAAUCCGGAGAAAGUCCUGCUUAUCUUUGAUGGAGUUGAUGAGUUUCAUGACUCAGAGGGUCUGAUGCAGGCUUCUUUCACUGCAUCCCCUACAAAAACCCAUAAAAUAAAGGAAUUAUUCACUGGCCUUUUCCAAAAGAAGCUGCUGCGAGGGUGCACCAUGCUUAUCACUGCAAGACCAAGAGAUAAAUUUAACCAGUACCUAACUAAGGUGGACCAGAUUGUAGAAAUGACUGGAUUUUCUCAGCAACAGGUGGAAUGGUACAUCAAGGAAUACUUUAAGAGGCUUCCAGAUUUUACUAACGUGCUAAAAUGGAUGCAAGAACAUGAAUAUAUAUUUAGAUAUUGUUAUAUCCCCUUUAUGUGUAGGAUAAUGUGUCUGUUUGCUGAAACUAAUUUUAAGGUUGAGACAGUGGAAUCUCAUUCUUCUUUAGCAGAAUUUAUGUUGACUGUACUGCAGAAAAACCAAGAGAUUGCAGACUCAGGUUCGUCUAAUGAGCACUCCAACAAAGAAGAUGAAAUAAAUUCGGCUAACGGAGUUAAUGGCAAACCUGAACUUCAAGCAAAAAAAACCCACAAUAUAAACAAUGGAAACUCACUGGUUCAGCACUUUCAGACGGCCCAAAGUCUCAUGGAACAUAUAACAGAUAAGCAUUUUGUCAGGUAUGUUUCACUGGAGCCCAAAAAGAAACGAAAUCAUGAAAAUUGCUCUGAUAUGGUACGAAGGUACUUGGUUGGUCUUUUAUUUGGCAAAAAUACAAAAACUGAUCUGCUGAAAAUCAUUGUCAAAAAACAAAAGAAAGCUACUGACUACUUCAAGACAAUACAGCCUGAAGCACUUUGUCCACAAAGACUACUUGAACUCUGUCACUGUGUCUACGAGACACAUGACACUAGCCUCAGCCAACACACAGCUGAGAAAUUUAGUGAUGAACUUUCAUUUGCGGGCACCAGACUUACACCCCCAGAUGUAUAUGUCUUAAAAUGCCUCUUGAAACAUUCAGACAGAAAAAUAUCCUUGAACCUGAGGAGAACAGGAAUUGACCAACAAGGAUUAAAGGAAUUGGUGAAACUGAAAAAGAUUAAGUCAUUCAGGGCAUCUCUCAGUGACACAGUCAGACUCUGGAAGACUUUACAAAGUGAGAAUAACCUCAGACUCUUAAAGCUGUCUGUUAUGAAGUUCAGAAUCGAUCCAUUCACGGCAGAAAGCAUGAAAGACAUCGUCGAUCUCACAGCCGUUGUCAACAUCCAGAAUGAAAUUUGCAGUUGCCUUCAAGAAUCAACAGAUGGGAUCAAUGAAAUCCCUGCCAUCAAAACAAUUAAAAAGAUUAUAUUUAGACUUGGGAAGAACCAAGGACAAAGUGGGUUCAUGAAGCUUGUUGACAUUCUUCCACAGCUGCCAUCUCUCCAACAUUUAGAUUUACAUUCUCUUAUUGAGAAUCACAUCGGUGAUAAAGCGGUUGCAAAGCUGGCUGAGAAAUUCCCAGAAAUGCUGUCCCUUGAAACACUGGAUUUAUCACAAAACAACAUAACUGAUGUUGGAGCAGCACAACUAGCUGCAGCCCUCCCUUCCUUGGGCUCCCUACACACACUUAGUUUAUUCAACAACUUCAUCCAGGAUGAAGGAGCCAAGAAAUUUGCUGAGAUACUUCCUGAAAUGUCUUCCCUGGAAAAGCUACAUUUAGCAUACAACAAGAUUAGUGAUGUCGGGGCCCGGAACCUUACAGAGAGUCUUAAGAAAUGUCCCAAAAUGAAGAGUUUGAUGAUAUACAGUUCAGCGAUUCCUCAUAAUAUUUUGCAUCAUCUUCAACAGCAGGACCCAAGGAUCAGUUGCCAGUCAUUUGGCUGAAGGCCAAAAGAAAGGAGAAUGAGGAUUUGGAGAAAGCCAGAAUGAUAAUCGCUUAUCUGUUGGCUGUUUGCAUGGUUGGUGUCUGCACUGGCAAAAAGAACGAGGGUGAUAUUGAGAUGAGGAUGUACUAGAAACCAUAAUGCCAAAGUCAAGACAACAAGAAGACUUUCCUUCUUCCAACAGGAAAUGAGCUCCAUUGAAUGUAAUAAACUUGCACUAAUACAAUGGUUUCCUUUCUGCUGUAAUUAAGUCAGUUCAUUAUCCUAUGUCUUCCAACAGCAGGGAAACAAACGUGUGGCACCAUAGCUACUCUGCAUUUUAUUGCACUUAUUUUACCUUGUAACCAAAGCUGAUGUGAUUGCCUGUAUGUAGUAUUCCCUCUAAUCCAGGGGUGGCCAGACUUUUUUACACUGGGAUCUACUCUCGACACCUGGCCCCCAUCAGGAGAUCUACCCGCGGCAAUUGUUUAAACCACGCCUGUUUUUGUGGCCACACCCCCUAGUUACCAUGUUCAUUUGGCAGGUUAUGAAAGUUUGAACACACUGCCCUCCCCUCUGUGCUUGCUGCUCUCAGCCCUCCUUCCCCUCCCUGUCCAUGCCUGUAACCUGCCCUUCCUUCCCCUGUGUCUGUAGCCUUCCCUCCCUUCCUUCCCCUCUGUGUCUGUAGCCUUCCCUCCCUUC